CUCGUUCCAGACUUCCUCGACACUUUAACCCGGUAUAUUCACACGUGAAAACUAGACAAAACUAGUUGCAUCAGAUGUUUGGGAUCUUUUUGGGGGUCAAAUCAUUGUCUUUGUUCCGAUCUACCGUAUUUUCAAGACGUUUACACUACAGCAGGUACUUUUCAUCUCAAAUUGGCGAAAUCAUGAAGCUUUACAGUGACCGAGGAAACCCGGUCCUGCUUCGCAUUUUGGCAGCAAAGAAUCUGGCAGGCGUUCCACUGACCGUACAGUACAUCAAUUAUGAAGACAAAAACAAAUUUCACUGUCCAGGAAGUAGUAAGCUUCCUGUGCUUGAAACUGAUAGUGGAAGUUUAUUAAACAGUCCAAAUAGCAUUUGCAGAUAUCUCCUUGAACUGGGCAGAAAAUCAAGUGAAGUCCCUGAUCCUAACAAGGAAGCAGUCAUUAAUCAAUGGGUGGAGUGGGAGAGUACAUCUUUGCAGCCUGUUCUUUUCUCUCAUCUUGUGUUGUCCAUUGGCUUGGGUAGACAGGAUAGUGGUCAUGUAGAGGAUGUAAGGAAUCUGUUGAGACAUGCAGACGGAGAGUUAUCAUCACACAUGUUUUUCUCUGGGGUAUGAAUUCAAACUGAGUACUAAAUGCUCAUUGUCCUUAUUUUUUUAGUGACCAAAGCAAAAGUGUUGGACUCCUACCCUUUAAUAAGGAUUUCAAUUUUGAUUUGUUUUGUUUGGAUUGUUACAUGUAGUAUUUUCUUCCCUGCUCCUCCUGCUCCCUUUAGUUUCAAUUUGAUCAUGAUUUGACUGGCAUAAGAGCCAGUAGAUUUUUAUUUGAGUGUCAAAAUUAAAUCUCA